AUGGUUGAACCCGAUUUCAUCGAGGCACCCUUAUCAAACAUAGACAAUAGUAUUCUAUCUGGGAUACGGUUCGAUUAUAGGGACUUUGAAAAAGAUAUAGGAAAUCGGACAGAGUACGAAGUGACUGUGGGGCCAGGUUACCGCAUCAAGUACGCGUCAGGUGAAGGUUUUACUGUUUCUCACCCAGACGUCAAUGGCCUGGUUGCGGUUGAUGAUGCGCUAGCUGCUUACAGGUGCAAAUUCAACAGCGAUUGUACCACAUACUUGUCACAUAUCAGCCCAAAUUACCUAGUGAAGUUUUCCAAUUUGGGAUCAAGUGUUGUACGGAUGUUCCCUGGGCCUGAUAGCAAGCCUACCAGGCCAUCUCUGUUUGACUUGGACAAUAACUUGAGUGAGCAUGGGCAGCAUGACUAA